AUGGUGCAGAACGUCCUCCCACACCCAGCAGUGCGACAAGCUGGGAGAAACCCCCCAAACGAGCCACCCACUGGCUCCAUCAGCAAAAGGCUAGACGACAUGCUCUCCACGCCUUUUUGUUCGCAUAUUAUUCAUUACGACCCCCCAAGGGGAUUUCUAGUGCCUAAAUUUUCCACGUACGAUGGGUCCAGUGACCCCUUCGAUCAUAUCAUGCAUUAUCGACAACUCAUGACUCUCGAUAUAGGAAACGACGCGUUGCUGUGCAAAGUAUUCCCCGCCAGCCUACAAGGGCAGACUCUCUCAUGGUUUCACCGCCUACCCCCUAACUCUGUUGAUAAUUUUAGGGACCUGUCGGAAGCUUUUGUGGGACAGUACUUAUGCUUCGCUAGGCAUAAACAGAACAUCAACACUCUCCAAAACAUAAAAAUGCAGGAGAAUGAAUCUUUAAGAGAGUUCGUGAAGCGGUUUGGUCAGGUCGUGUUACAAGUAGAGGCUUACAGCAUGGAUGCUGUCCUUCAGAUCUUCAAGCAAAGCAUCUGUCCAAGUACCCCAUUCUUCGAAUCGCUUGCUAAGAAGCCUCCUACGACGAUGGACGACUUGUUCCGGCACGUGAGCAAAUACUCAAUGCUAGAGGACAACGUACGAGCAGCCACCCAACAAAUCUUAGUCGUCGGUCAAACAUCCAGAAGUGGUGCGGAAAGAAGUGCCAAACCUCCGGACCGGCCAAGGCCGUCCGAUCGAAGGCAGGAGGAGCAAAGUCGUCUGGAACGGCCACCCCUCACACCCCUCUCCAUAUCCUACGAGAAGCUCCUCCCUAUGAUCCAAGACCUGUCCGACUUCAGGUGGCCCGGACCCCUCAGAGCGGACCCGGCCCAAAGGGAUCAUAGUAAGAAGUGUGCUUACCAUAAGGAGCACGACCACACUACGGAGGCGUGCAGGAGCCUCCAUUAUUUGGUGGAAAAGCUCAUAAAGGCGAGACAUUUGAAGCAAUAUCUCCGCUCAGACGCCAGAGUUAGAGACACUUCCCGAAAUCACAACUUAGGAACCCCCAGGAUCCCAGCUGCCCCCAAAGCCGUAAUAAACUAUAUUCACGGAGGACCACUGGAUGAGGAGUAUGACUCUAAACGAAAGAGACAGAGGCUGUUGUGGGCAACAUCGGUAUGUGAGCACGUCAACUCCAUACGACCUGGGAUAGCUGGUGGGGGCCCCCGGCCCAUAGAUGGGACAAUCAUUUUCCCCCUAGUAGACCCCACAAGGAUAUUACAGCCUCACCGCGAUGCCCUCAUCCUAUCCCUGGGGAUGGGGGACUUCGACGUGAGACGCAUCCUGAUUGACCCAGGCAGCUCAGCCGAUCUUUUGCAAGCGUCGGUAAUCAGCCACAUGGGACGCGAUCUAUCCAGCCUCGAAAACCCUGGGCGAAUCUUGUCCGGCUUCAACGGAGCGACGACUACCUCCUUGGGAGAUAUUGUGCUGCCGGUCCAAGUGGGCCCAGUCACCCUCAACGUACAAAUUUCAGUGGUACAAGAUUUAUCGCCCUUCAAUGCUAUCUUGGGGCGCACAUGGCUACAUUACAUGAAAGCCAUCCCUUCUACGUACCAUCAAAUGGUAAGCUUUCUCACUGAAGACGGGCAAAUCGGCCUAUACGGAAACCAGUUAGCCGCUCGCCAAUGCUAUCAGAUAGCGUGA